AUGAGCACCGCCGACCCACUCAUCGUGCUUUCCGAAGGGACGUUUGACCUCGAGUUUGCGGACAGCGCACGCGACGUCCUGCGUGGCGAGAAGCGACCUCAUGACGACGUCGUCGCUCUCAAGUACGCAUUCAAGCCAGCCAGCGUAACGUCGGAAACAGCUGGCGUACUCGAGCCCGCGCCAUCCGGGGCAACGGGUGCCCAUGUCCUGUCCUUUGACCAGGCUAAUGGAUCGAGUCAGGUAUUCGACGUACGCGAAGAGGCAGGCAAGGUGCGCGAAUGCGUCCUCGUUUGGGACGAAGACCGGCAGACGUUUACACUCCACGCGCUCCCAUCAACGCUGCAUCUGACACUGAACCGCACGCUCUCUGGGCUGCGUAAGGAUGGCGCGUUCCCAGUCGCUGAGGCGCCGCCACCCAAGAAGAAGCGCGCGACGACGGCCGGCAAGGGCAUUGCGCGCAAGCAGCUGCCCUCGGCGGCCGAUCUGGAUCCAGUGCUCCCCUCGAUUGAGGCUCCGAAGAAGGCUGUGGCAAAGAAGAAGGCUGCGGCAAAGAAGGCACCGGUUAAGAAGGCCGCAGCAAAGAAGAAGGCUGCGCCCGCGUCGUCGCCGUCCGUUGGCAAGAUUAAGAGCGUCGAGAUCAUCGAGGACAGCGACGACGACCUCGACGAGUUUGCCGACAUGCUCGGCGACGCCAUGCACGAGGCUAUGAGUGACGAGGAGUUUGAGGUCGAGGAGGACGACGACGACGAGCUCGGCGGCGCUCAAUAUGCUGGGUACGGUGGCGCAGAGGCCGAGGGCGACGAGGAGUGGAUUUAA